CAAAUAUCGAUCUAACCCGGCCCGGGAUAGAUGACGGCCCAGUCUGGCGUGGUCGGCUUAGCUCCACCGUCGAAGUUGAACUUCCAGUACCAGAGAGGAGGAGGAAGGGAAACCCUCUUUCCAUUGGAAAAGCAAGCAAACCACCCUCGAACUGACCUGCUGCUCCCGUUGCUCGUCAAUGAAAGAAAAGUGAACAGAUUGUUCUUGAGAAUGGAUUUGUUCAGGAAAGCGAUUUUACAUCCGGGGCAUCCUCAGGAAUUCGCUCUUCAGACUGUGCAACAAGCUAUAAGACCCCAGAAACAAGUUAAACUUGUACAAGAUGAAAAUCAAUUGUUGGAGAACAUUCUGCGAACUUUGCUUCAGGAGCUGGUGUCAGCUGCUGUUCAGUCAGGUGAGGCAAUCAUGAAAUAUGGUGAAUCAAUAGCUGACAGUGAUAUUUAUCUCGGUCAGAUUCCUCGUCUUCUUGACAUUGUUUUGUACUUGUGCGAGAAAGAGCAUAUUGAAGGUGGAAUGAUUUUUCAGCUUUUAGAGGAUUUGACAGAAAUGUCUACCAUGAGAAACUGUGAAGAUAUUUUUGGGUAUAUAGAGAGCAAACAGGACAUUCUUGGGAAGCCAGAACUUUUCGCCAGAGGGAAGCUCGUGAUGCUUAGAACAUGCAAUCAACUUCUUCGCCGUCUAUCGAAGGCAAAUGAUGUUGUAUUUUGCGGUCGAAUCAUAAUGUUCCUUGCUCACUUUUUCCCUUUAUCCGAGCGUUCUGCUGUCAAUAUCAAAGGAGUUUUCAAUACGUCAAAUGAAACCGAAUAUGAAAAAGAACCCCCAGAGGGCAGUUCUAUAGAUUUCAACUUCUAUAAAACCUUUUGGAGUUUACAGGAAUUCUUUUCCAAUCCUUCGUCCCUUAUUCCCGCAAUUACAAAGUGGCAUAAGUUUACUUCCAGUUUAACGGUUGUACUGAAUACAUUUGAGGCUCAGCCUUUGAGUGAUGAAGAUGGCAAUGCCAUUAACCUUGAGGAUGAGGCAUCAAGUUUCAGUAUAAAAUAUCUGACUAGCAGUAAUCUAAUGGGUCUCGAGUUAAAGGAUCCAAGUUUUCGGCGGCACAUUUUGGUUCAGUGCCUUAUUUUGUUUGAUUAUCUGAAGGCCCCUGGGAAAAAUGACAAAGACUUGCCAUCAGAGACAAUGAAAGAAGAGAUAAAAUCCUGUGAAGAACGGGUGAAGAAACUUCUGGAAAUGAUACCUCCUAAAGGGAAAGAGUUUCUUCGUAGCAUUGAGCAUAUCUUGGAGCGUGAAAGAAAUUGGGUCUGGUGGAAGCGUGAUGGUUGCCCCCCAUUUGAAAGACAACCAAUUGAUAAAAAGUUAGUUCAAGAUGGAAACAGAAAACGUCGACCUCGUUGGAGGCUCGGGAAUAAAGAACUUUCUCAGCUAUGGAAAUGGGCAGAUCAGAAUCCGAAUGCUUUAACAGAUCCACAACGUGUUCGUACACCGAGCAUUAUGGAUUACUGGAAACCAUUAGCUGAAGAUAUGGAUGAGUCUGCAGGGAUAGAAGAGGAAUACCAUCAUAAAAACAAUCGAGUCUAUUGCUGGAAAGGUUUAAGAUUCUCUGCUCGGCAAGAUUUGGAAGGAUUUUCGAGGUUCACUGAACAUGGCAUUGAGGGUGUCGUUCCUUUUGAACUUUUGCCGCCCGAGGUGCGGUGUAAAUAUCAAGCUAAACCAGGAGAUCGAUCCAAACGUGCCAAGAAGGAAGACACUAAAGGUUCUGUGCAGCAAGUGGAGGAAUCUCAGAUUGCUACACCCGCAAGUGAGAUUGAUGUUGAUGGAAAUAAAAUCGACCCUGAUGCCUCCGCAGCAGCAGCUCCAGCCGACGCUGAUGCUACAGCAGCAGCCUCUGUCAACCUUUCUCAAGGUGGAACCCCAACUCCAGAUGAGCAUCAGAAGUUGCAGAACUCAGACACUGAUGCAGGGGGACUCGAGGCAGGUCAAAUUGAAGCAGAACCCGGGAUGAUCGAUGGGGACACUACUGAUGCAGAUGUCGACUUAGAUGUUGUAACAUGAGCAGCUGGUACUAUAUGUUCUACUCAGAAAUCAGUUGAGAUCUAAGCUGGAGCUGAAGUGGACAUACUUCGAUGGUAAGUUAUCACUUUCCGGGGACCAAAAUCGAAACUUGUUGCCCGAGUUGAUGUCUCGAUAAGACAUUUCGAGUAAAAACUUUCUUCGCAGUCACGACAUCCUGUUUUCAUUGUUUUCUUGGCCUAUGCAUGCAUAAAUGAAGUGCAACAAGUUAUGUGAACAGCCAAGGCAAGGCAACGCAAUGUAUUGUGUAUGAAACAAGUAAUCAUAGUUAGUUAAA